AUGGCUUCUAUACCGUCCAGUACUUUAUCUCAGUCGAUUACAAUUCGAGUCCUUGCGGCAAGCACAGGUGUAUGCUAUAGAAUCUCGCUGCACCCGUCACAGCUCGCUGUUGCUACGAUUCGGGGUCACCUAGCCGCAGCUGUCCCUACGUCAGACCAGAUUCUACUGCUUGGACCCCCUUACAAAGUCCCCAGAGACUCAACAUUACAAUCAGAAGAAGUGCUCAAUUCGCUUCGGCUCGGAGAUCAAGAAGAUGAACAGCUUCCUCCUCCACCUACCAACGCAGAACAAGCAAAAUCGCAAUUUCGAUCAUUUUUAUCGACAACAGAACGCACCGGAGCUCGUCGUCUAUUCUUAUUUUCGAAGCAGGCACUAUCAGAAAAUGCUCCGGAUCCAAUACCUUGCAAUUUGGGUCCCGUAGAUUUGAUCCUUCCGGCGGAACCACCAGGAUCUUCUCCCCUGGAUAUGACGCAGUCGACGAUUGCAGCACAACCAAUGCACCAAGCACUUGCUGCGUACGAGCGACAAUUCAUGCUCUACUUGUGUCAGGGACGAGUUCUAGCAGAUGGUGCUGAUAUGAGAUUGCAGUCGUGUCUUCAAUGUGUGCAAGAACAAGCCGUCAUUGCUAGAGCGCUUCGUGCUGCUGUUUCGAACCAUUCGGAUCAUUUCAAUGGGGCGGCGAGAACACGCUCUGAGUUCAUGUCUGUGUUUCAAGCGAAAACUUCAGGCCACGCGACCUUGCUACAAAAUUUUGACUCAAUCUUGACGGAACUUGGUUCUGUUUCCUUGAAUUCUGCACUGGUUGCUAUCGCACGAGGAUCUGGGCGAAUAAUGGAGACUUUGCUCGAUACAGUUCCCGUCGAACGCGAGAAAGCAUGGGCCCAGCAGUGCCAAACAUCACAUGAUAGGCUGAUUACUUUGUUCACAGAACUAGACACUGCCUUUUCCCAACUUGGAUCCCCGUCCUCUCGUGAAGACGAGACACGUCAAGACCUAGAGGCAGAGCAAGCUGUCCAAACACUGGGAAAUGAGAUUCAAGAAGUCGCGAGAAAGAUCCGUGAUCGCCAAGCACAGCGAGUGGAAAGGUUGACUGGUGACCAUGGAAAGGUUGUCAAAAUCAUCAUGGAUGCUAUAAAUGCAGAGGCCCAAGAAGGAAAAGAAGAUGAGGUGCAGAAGGCAUUUACUCCUUUGAGGCAACUCGCAAACGAUUCAAAGGAUAUAAUCCCAGAAAUGAUGGAAGAUGACAAAGUGAUGAAGGAAUUGCUUCUAAAAGUGGCGGCCGCGAAAACUAAUGCAAUGAAGCGAAUGAAAGUGAGACUACGAGAAGUCAGCGUUGCACAGUCGUCAAUUCAGCGCGUACUUUCUAGCGUUGGAGUGCUUAAAUCUGCGUUGUCGCAGCAAUCUGACAACAUGUUGCAUCUUGAACAUGUAGCGGAGCUAUCUACUUCAUACAGGGACUUUCUGGCCGAACUUCGACGGAGAAAAGCCUACUGCCAGGCUGUCUCGUCCAAUUCCUCCGCAAUGAUGGAGCGGCUAGCAGUAAUGAGGUCCGAUGAAGUGAAAGCGCGCGAAAAGUUUCUAAGAGGGCCUGGACGGCACCUAAUGCCACCGUUCUUUGAGAUUUUUGUUCCAACACUGGCAACCCCGCCCCCCCUUUUCACUCCUCAAAUGCCAUCAUUGGUUGAAAUGGAUACUUUGCCUGAUGUUGGCCCGGCGGAGGUGACAAACACAAUGAUCCAGGGUGCGGCUGAUACAGGUGUGAGUAGUGCAUCCACGCUGACAACCGAGAGUCAGGCAGUACAGGCUACCAAGGUGUCUGUUGGGGAAGGAAUCGACGAAUCAAUGGCAUUGGCACAACGACAGGAUCAGGUGAUAGUCAGUGCUGCCAACUCUGGCAACGGAGAUGUAAUCAUGGAUUCCGCGCUUCCAGACACGGAGACUGCCGACCUGAAGACGUUGGCAUAUGAAAACGCUGUGCUGCGCCAAGCUUUGGAAAGAAUGGGCAGCAAAGCUCCCCAGUCAUACAUCGAAGAGGCAAAAGUAGAAAGUGCUGAGGCAGCAAAGAUAGCUGCUCUGGAACAAGAGCUUGAAAGGCUGAAAGUCGGAAAGAAAACAGUCGAAAGUGAGCUCGCUGCAACAAAAAGUGCUAAACCAGUCGGCGACAGCAGUGACAAGAUUAGCCAUUCGAGUUUUGAUAUUGGGGAUGUCGGUCUCUUCAUGCCAACUGGACGAGGAUCAGGAAACAAACGAAUCUACCUUGCAUUCCACACCAAUUGCCCCCACCGAUACCUCUCUACAGACAACAUUAAGGGCAAUCCCGAUUUUGUUUUGGGUCGUAUAGUGUACCAAGAGGAGCUUGUUGCUGGAGGUAUGGGCACUGAUGCUAACCCGUACGGUCUCCACGUGGGAACGCAGUUUUGGGUGCUGACUGUAGAAGUUCUGAAGUCGUCUCCAAAAUAG